UCAAAUUCCUAUCAAUGGACGAAAUUAGAAUGGAGUUUGUUAUUGCGAUUGUUUAUUUAUUAUGAUUUUGACCUAUUAACUUCUUAUAUUACAUUUUAUUACUCGAAAAAUGUUGAGUUGAUCCAAAAAAAUAUAUACUGAAAGAUAAUAAUGGAUCCAGAGAUAUUGGUUGAGGCGCUUCCCCUGUUCGGGACGUGCAAUUUGUGUUUGACCGAAGGACCUGUAAAAAGUAUGUUGCUCUCCGAACAUCGUCACGAAAAUACGGAAUCUUAUAUUGAUAUGUUAACAAAAUGCUUCUCCAUUGAUAUAACAAUAUUGCAAUUGGGCGACUCGAAACGUCUCAUCUGCGACUCAUGCAUCAACAAGCUGUGCGACUGUCUACUCUUCAGGCAACAGGUGGAAACAUCACUCAAGUCACUGGAAACAGCAUAUAAAUUUCACGAUGACCAGGGCACCUUAGGCAGUGUUAAAAAAGAAGAAUCCAUUAAUCACAGUGAGGAGUUUGAUUUUACGGACUUUGGUGAUGAAGAUGAUCAUAUCACUCUCAAUGAGUUUAAAAUAAAAGAGGAACCCUACAACGAGCCGAGGAAAACCAGAACAAAGAGUGCUAAGCCUAAACUGAUGAAACUAUUGAAAAAGAACGACCUUAAAGACACAGAAGCGAUGCUCGAAGCCGGCCUGUUCCCGUUCAAAAUCCGUAAAAACUCAACGUUCACAUGUUCAAUAUGUCCGGAGAGUUCGAAAAACUUGGAAGAUAUAAAAAUGCAUGUAACUGGGCACAACAAGAACAAUAUACACUUGGCAUUCAAAAAAAUGAUGUUCUCAAACUCGCAAAGGACCAGAUUCUACAAAUUCGCCACGAAACUACGCUGCAAACUGUGCACGACAGAUGUCGCUAGCUACGACGAGCUGAGGCACCACAUAGACAACUGUAGCCAACUGAAAUACGGCAGGAAAUGGAAUAAGCUGCCGUUCAAACUCGAGAAGGACCAGCUCGACUGUCCAGUUUGUGAGAAAACCUUCUUAAAUUAUGUCAGUUUAAAUACACAUAUGAAUAUACAUUACCCGAACUAUAUAUGUGAAAGUUGUGGCAAGGCGUUCGCUUCUAAAGCAAGAUUACGAGGUCACAUGCGGACGCACGAAGUGGGCAACUUCCCGUGCAGGUACUGCGAUGCUGUAUUCGACAGAGUCACCAAAAGGGAGAAUCACGUCUCGAAGGAGCAUAAGUCUGGUGUCCGGUACGCUUGUAAACGGUGCAACAUAUCCUUGACUUCGUUCUACGCGAGACAGAAGCACCUGGCAGAGGUUCACAACGAGGAGUUGAAGAGGUACAAAUGCAAAGUGUGCUCUCAGUGCUACAUCACCCCGGGACACUUGUCCAGCCACGUGAGAAGGGACCAUUUGAACGAGAGGAAUCAUAAAUGCGACAAAUGCGAUUUGGCCUUUUACACGAAAAAUGCAUUGAAGAUGCAUAUGAUCAAGCACGACGGCGAGAGGAUACAUACGUGUCACAUCUGUCAGAAGUCAUAUCAGAGGAAGAAAACGUUGACCGAGCACCUGAGGAUACAUAACAACGAUAAGAGGUUUGUGUGUCCGGUGUGCGGGAGGGCGUUCACGCAAAAAUGCACCUUGAAGGGACACCUUAAGGUGCAUGAGAGAAAGCUGGAUCUGGACGAGCGGAUCGUUCAACCGCUGCAUUCGGCGUAGUGUGGUCAUUGAAAAAUAUACCUUAAUACAACGUAUUAGGAGUCGUGAUAGUUUUUUUAAAGGAUGAUAGUGAAAUAGUGAGAGAUGAUAGGAGAGGAUGAAUGGAGGUCAGUUGGCCCAUCGUGACGAAUUCAGCAGUAAUUAACCACGAUGGUUUCCAAGGGAAACCGCGUGGAGAUCGACCUGUAAUAUUGCUAACAAUGGGAUAAUUCCAUCCUAUUAUUAACAAUCCCUUUCCCCCACCAAUUUAUGACAGUAGGAUUUGAAGAAGCAAAUCGUCUGCCAUAUUAAUACUCUAAAAUUCACGAGAAAAAGUCGAAUUUGCUAGUUGUUUUGAUUCUGCUUCGAUGAUGACGUCAGGCAAACGGCCAGUCGUAAAACUAAAUGCCAAACCUUGGGAAGUGUGAUUAAAAACAUUGUCGACCUGAAGUCAUAUAAUUACGAUGAGGGUAGGAAGUCGAUGGUGAUCACAGCAUUUGGUUGGCUGGAACAGUUCGUUUAGAGCUAGCUAGUUAGCUAGCUUUUUUUGAUGGAUGAUAAUGGAAUGGUAACCGCGCCUGCGCUAUCGGUAUACGCUGGCGGGGCACCAGUGAGGGAUGAUAGGCGAGAAUGAAAAGGCAGAUCGGUUAGCCCAUUGUGAUGAAUUUAACGAUAAAUUAGUCACGAUGGUUUCCAGGGAGAACCGCGUGGAGGUCGACCUGAUAAAGCAUAUUGAUAGCGAUGGGGACUAACCCUCCCAUUACUAACAAUCCCUUCCCCCCCUAGCAAGCUGUUUAAUUCGUUACGUUAGUGCAAUAAAAAAAUGUAAAAUCGAAAUAGUAAUGGUUGUAUGGGAGUUUUCUACCAACGAAGUUGAACAUUUUUCCCUAAAGACAUAUGCAUGUGUCGAAAAACGUCAAAAAUUCUAAAAUUAAUCAGAAUUGUAUUAUGUAUGAAGAUGCUUAUUUCGAUUUGGAUCUGUAUCUAAGCUAAGUGACUUGGUAACUCUUAAACGACGUCAUCAUUCGGUCAUUUUUAGGUCACGACCGUAAAAUGACUAAAAAAUGACGUCUGUAAUUAAUACACAGUUUCAGUCGAAAUUGUAGUUUCAAGUUCAAAUUCAGUAUCAGUUAAAAUGAAAUUUAACAAUUUGUCCCCCCAAAAAGAAUAGACAAAAUUUUAUAAGAUUUUUUUUACCUCUCAUACAUUAAUCGCGUGACCGGGUGGCUUGUAUGGCAAUUUCAAAUGUUAUUUUGACAUUCCCAUUCGUCGAAUAACACCUGAGUCCUCAGGAAUGGCAACGCGUGGUAUCAUGAGCGAAACAGUCUAUAGGCGACGGUUACCACUUUCCAUCAGGUGGGCCGUCAGCUUGUUUGCCAUUCUAAGUUGUAUAAAAAAAAGAACAGUUUAAUGUACCUUUCACAACUAACACUAUAAGCGAGGUCAAUAGGUGACGUCAUUAAUUAGUCAUUUUAAGGUCACCUAUGGUCAGUUUUUAGUCAUUUCACGACUGUAAAUGCCCAUACCGCCUGGAACUAUAUAUGGUAUUUGUAUAAAAAAUAUAUAGGCAUAGAACUGCAUUCUGUUUUGGCAGAUACGAAGGCAAAGGAUGGAAUAAACUUUUGUUAUAACAUAAUGUUUUAUUGUAAUAAAAAAAUAUUGUUAAUAUUGUUAUACAUAAUAUAAAUAUUUACAUUUA